AAAAGACAAAAUGGCGGACGUUGUUUGCAACGAUCAAGCUUCAGAGCAGGGAAGCGAACAGACGAUGGACAUGGAACAUCCAAAUACAGCAGCCGAGUCUAGAACAGCUCGGCUAAUGAUUACAAAAAUAGUAAAUGAAAACUUUAAGUCCUACGCGGGAACUCAAGAAUUGGGGCCAUUUCAUAAGAACUUCUCUUCCAUUGUUGGCCCCAACGGCAGUGGAAAAUCCAAUGUCAUUGAUGCUAUGUUGUUUGUAUUUGGUUACCGCUCAAAAAUGAUUCGAACAAAGAAAGUUUCUCAAUUGAUACACAACUCUGAAAACCAUCAAAAUGUCCAGAGCUGCACAGUGUCAGUGCAUUUUCAGAAAAUAAUUGAUUUGCCAGGAGAUGACUAUGAAGUUGUGGCAGGAAGUCAAUUUACUGUGUCACGCACAGCACGCAAAGACAAUAGUUCUGACUAUUAUGUUAAUUGCCGCAAAGUCCCAUUUAAGGAGGUGGCUAAACUUCUUAAAGAUUGUGGCAUUGAUUUAGAUCACAACAGAUUUCUCAUUUUACAGGGAGAAGUUGAACAGAUAUCCAUGAUGAAACCGAAAGCGCAAUCUGAGCAUGAAGAAGGCAUGCUGGAGUAUCUAGAAGACAUUGUUGGAUCAAGUCGCUUCAAAGAGCCAAUUGAACAGUUAACUAACGAGGUUGAAAACUUAAAUGAAGCUCGAGGAGAAAAGCUGAACAGAGUGAAAGCUGUAGAAAAAGAGAAAGAUGAACUUGAGGGAUCCAAGAAUGAAGCUGUGGAAUAUCUCAGCAUGGAGAAUGCCAUUACAAAACAAAGAAAUGUCUUAUUUCAGAGAUACAUAUACGAGUGCACCUUGAAUGAAGAGAAGGCAGCAGAAAAGAGAGAUGAAAUUAAAAAGGGAUUUGACGAAUUAAAGAAGGAACUUGCUGAUUUUACAGAGAAAAAGAAAGUUCAGAUGAAGGAACACAAGAAAGCAUCAAAGAAACAUGAAGAACUUGCUAAAGUAGCUGAGGAGACCAAAAAGAACUUUGCAGCAUAUGAGAGAGAUGACCUAAAACUUCGGGAGGAUUAUAAACACUCAAAACAAAAUCACAAAAAGAUGCAGAAAAACCUUGAGAAGGAAAAAUGCAAGCUGGAAGAACUUCAGAAUGUUCCUGAGAAAAGUAAAAAAGAGUUGGAAAAACUGGAGGAAAAGAAAAAUGAUCUGGAGGUAAAACGAAAAGCAGAAGAAGAGAAGCUUGCAGAAGUUAUGGCAGGCUUAAAGAGUGAAACUGAGGGUCUCCAAACAGAAAAGGAGGCAAAAGAAACAGAGUUAUUAGGAUGGAACAAGGUUGUCAAUGAAGCUAAGUCGAAGAUGGAUGUGGCAAAGAGUGAGGUAGAACUAUUUAAAAGUCAGUACGAAACAGCUUUGAACCAGCUCAAGGAUGCCAAAGACAACUUGGACAAGACAAGAGAAACCCGAACACAUAGAAAGAGUGAAAUACAGUCAUUACAAGAUGAAAUUCCAGAGUUACAGAAUAGGUUAAAAAAGGCAGAAGCUGAUUUGGUCAAGGCUGUUGAAGGAGAAAGGAAAGCUUCUGAUGAGCUUCGAAACAUAAGAACCAAAGUAGAGGAAGCAAGAAGUUCCCUUCAAGCUUCACAUAGCAGAGGUAGAGUGUUGGAGGCCCUUAUGGAGCAAAAGGCAUCAGGAAAGAUUAAAGGAAUCUUUGGUCGUCUGGGAGAUCUUGGUGCCAUAGAUGAUAAAUACGAUGUAGCGAUAAGUACAGCAUGUGGAGCACUGGAUAACAUUGUUUGUGACAGUAUUGACACUGCUCAGAGGUGUAUCACCUUCCUCAAGCACAAUAACAUUGGAGCUGCCACAUUUAUUGGCCUUGACAAGGUGGAGAAAUGGAGGAAAGAUGCAUCUUCAAAAAUCCAAACGCCAGAGAAUGUGCCACGCCUAUAUGACUUGGUCCAUGUAAAAGAUGAUCAAAUACGCACUGCUUUCUUCUUUGCUCUGAGAAACACACUUGUUGCAGAUGAUCUCAAACAAGCCACAAACAUUGCCUUUCAGGGAUCUAAAAGGUGGCGUGUGGUGACAUUACAAGGUGAACUCAUCGAUCAAUCAGGUACAAUGAGUGGUGGAGGAAACAAAGUUGUCAAGGGAAGAAUGGGGUCUUCCAUAAGAUCAGAUGUAAGUCCUGAUCAGCUGGAAGCUAUGGAGAAAACCCUGGAGAAAGAGACAAGGGCAGCUGAGGAACAUAGGGAAUCGAAGAAGAGACUUGAAGAGAUAGUGGAUGAGCUGAAAAAGGAGCUGUCAGCUGCAGAGCACCAGUUACAGAAAAACACCAUGGAGAUCAAGGCUCUUGAUGAACAGGAGGAAAUAUUAAAGCAGCAAAUAGUGCAUAUAGAACAACAAGUAAAGGAGAGUAUCCCUGACAAGGCCAGGCUCAAACAACUGGAAGAUCUGGUCAAAAGUCAUGAAAAAGAAUGGCAAGCAACAGUAAGAUCAUCAGCCAAGAUUGAAUCAGAAGUUCAAAGACUUCACAAGCAAAUAAUGGAGAUUGGUGGUUCUAAGCUCAAGACACAACAGGGCCGUGUGGAUGUAUUGACAAAUGCCAUGGAUGAUGUGGUAGGACAAAUCACUAAAGCAAAUGUUGCUAUCAAAACUUGUCACAGGAACAUAAAAAAGGCAGAAGAUAAUGUUAAGUCACUUCACAAUGAAAUUGAAGAAAACAGUGCCAACAUCCAGAAGCUUGAGGAAGAGUUUAAAACAUUGGAGGAAAAAGCUACUAAAGUCCUAGAAGACUAUGAAAAGGCUCAGCAAGAAAUGUCAGCAAUGGAGGAAUCUUUAGAAUUGCUAAGAAAGGAAGUGGCAGAACUGGAGCAGGAAGAGACUAAGAUGAGGAGUCAGGAGGUGGACAUUAAACAUGAAGUGGAGAAAUAUGAGACAGUUUUGAAAGAAAACCAACAGAAAGUCAAACACUGGCAAAAGGAGUUGAGUAAGUUGUCAUUGCAAUCAUUGAGUGCAUCAGCAGAGACUGAACCAGAAGAGAGCCUUGCAACUCUAACACGCGAUGAACUGGAGGGCAUUGAUAAAGAGACUGUUAUGUACGAAAUUACUGUUUUGGAGGAAAAACUUAAACAAAUGAAACCUAACAUGGCAGCCAUUGCAGAAUAUCAGAAAAAGGAAGAAGCUUAUCUUGCUCGAGUGAAGGAACUCGAUGAAGUGACAUCAGAGCGUGAUCAGAAAAGACGAGAGCAUGAGGCUAUGAGGAAGCAGCGCCUUGAUGAGUUCAUGGCGGGUUUUUCUGUCAUCACUACUAAGCUGAAGGAAAUGUAUCAGAUGAUUACGCUUGGUGGAGAUGCUGAAUUAGAGUUGGUGGAUAGCCUUGAUCCUUUCUCUGAGGGAAUUGUUUUCAGUGUGAGGCCACCAAAGAAAAGCUGGAAAAACAUUUCUAACUUAUCAGGAGGGGAGAAGACUCUGAGUUCACUGGCUUUGGUUUUUGCCCUUCAUCACUACAAACCAACACCACUGUAUGUCAUGGAUGAAAUUGAUGCUGCUCUUGACUUUAGAAAUGUGUCUAUUGUAGCAAACUACAUCAAGGAGAGGACAAAGAAUGCCCAGUUUAUUAUCAUCAGCUUACGGAAUAAUAUGUUCGAAUUAGCUGAUAGACUUAUAGGUAUUUUUAAGACUGAUAAUUGUACGAAGAGUGUUGCAAUCAAUCCACAACUAAUAGCAUCCGAGGCCUGAUGUUACAGUAUCGGCCUUCAGUUAUAACAGGCGAAUGAAGAUGACUUGUUAAUGACAAAGUUAGCUGUCGCGGUGGUGGCAUUGAAGUAAACCUAGCUAAGGUUUCCCGCAUGUAUAAAGUGAAGUAUAUAAAAAAAACACGCAAAAAUUAGUUAUUGUUUUGUACUUUGUAGGCCUGAAAAUAAAUUGUGAAAAUAAUGUA